AUGGUUUCCUUCACCAAGUUUACGCUCCUCCUUGCUGCUGCUACUUCUGUCGCCGCCAGUGGUUAUAAAAAAUUUGCGGUCUCUUUUAUUAGUUCGAAUGAUCUUCUUAAUACGGCUCCGGAUCAAGAUGCAACUGCCAAGCAGUGGGAAGCGGCUUUCGACAAAGCAAGAGCCAGUUCUCAGUGGAAAUACACUGGAUUCGACGUCUGGACCCCCGGCCUCUCGGGAGACUGGGGAUGGGUUACUACGACCAGAAACGAAGCAGAUUACGCCAGGGCAAAAAAUGUUCUAGAACGGAUGGGAUUUGAAGCCGAGUUUAGGCCUACUGGCCAUGUUUGGUUCCGGCCCAAGCUUGGAGCGUCUCCUCCAGUGCCGGCAAGGCAGUGA